GCGAGCCGGAAGUUCCAAGGCCUCACACAGAGAAGGUGGGGGUGGGGGAGGAGGAAGACUCAGGGUAAGGAUGGCGGCUCAAAUUCCAAUUGUGGCCACCACUUCCACUCCGGGGAUAGCCCGGAACAGCAAGAAGAGGCCAGCUAGUCCUUCCCACAACGGCAGCAGCGCUGGGGGUUACAGCGCCAGUAAGAAGAAAAAAGUGUCCGGCUCCAGCUUUCCGCAGGGUAUCAGCAUGGAAGCCAUGGGUGAGAAUAAAAUGGUGCCCUCUGAUUAUAGCACAGGACCUAUGGACAAAGCUGCCAAGCCAUUGCCAUUUAAGGAUCCAAACUUUGUGCACUCUGGCCAUGGUGGCGCCGUAGCUGGCAAGAAGAACAGAACCUGGAAGAACCUGAAACAAAUCCUCGCUUCGGAAAGGGCAUUGCCAUGGCAACUGAACGAUCCUAACUACUUCAGUAUUGACGCUCCUCCAUCCUUCAAACCAGCUAAGAAGUAUUCUGAUGUUUCAGGUCUUCUUGCCAACUAUACUGACCCCCAGAGCAAGCUGCGCUUCAGCACUAUUGAAGAGUUUUCCUACAUCCGGAGGCUGCCGUCUGAUGUCGUCACUGGCUACCUGGCCCUGCGGAAGGCCACGAGCAUCGUUCCUUGAGCCUUGACAAAGCCUUGAGGAGACGAGGUGGAAAGCUGUUCCAAAGGCAAACUCUGGACUCAUGAUUUUGUUUCGUGGAAACAAACUCAUUCUGCUUGUCAAUCUGGAAAUGUCAGUGCUGUGCCUUGGAAAGAAUGUUUGGCUUUAAUUUAAGGUGUUUUUUUUUCCUUUUUCUGUUUUCCCUCCAAGUGGGACGUUUCCUCUUGAAUUAAAUUAUACUUUAGUUAUUGCCUCAA